GCGGGUGUCUUUCUUAACAUUUCGUUAAAAACACAUUUAUUCUUUGUUUUGGUAUGGGUUUGAUAGCAAGGAAGAAACACACGCAAUAAUCACAAUUCUUCUUCCGUGAACUUUAUUUUCAUUAUUGUUACUUUCUUCUUUUCUUUCCUUUGUUUCGUUUUGCUUCCAGUUUUCAACCUUUUUUUUUUUUAAUUUUAAUUUCUAUAUUUGACCUGAGGUAAAUCUGAAACGUGUAGCAGUUUUGCUCAACAUAAUUGGCAGGCUUUCCAAAGUACUUAAUUGGUGACAGAUUUUCGAUGGGAAACUCUUUUUAGAGAGUCGUAUGAUAAACAAAAGUUAGCUGUAAACAUGAUGACGUCAUCUUGCCACCCACAAUUUGUAAAGCUCGUUUCAGAUGACAUUCGAAAUUAGGUGUGGUGUGAAUCUCGUUCCCAUAUCAUAUACAUUAGGGCUAAACCAUAUUAUAAACAUUAGAAAGAGCCUUGGUUGUAAGGUUAGUCUGCUGUCUUUAUAAAAAAUUUUGGUCAGGUGUUGGUGAGGUCGCUUCUGUAAGUUCUAUCCUGUUUAGUGCACAAGUAUUGGAGGAUGGAAUACCGUAAUCUUACAACAACAUGUGAAAGUAUUUUGGGGGAUCUUGCCAUAUCGCGUACGUGGGCAGGAGUCUAAAUUUUUUUUUAUGAAAACCAUCACUUGAAUACUCUAGUUUUAUUGCAAGCGCUUUGACAAGAAAUCGUAGUAUGCUCCAAUUAAAUCAUUAAAUAUAAGUAAUUUAUCGACUUUGUAGCGUCAUUUUGUUUAGACAUGUUGGAAUGCAAUAUGCGUAACGUAAGUUAAACAAAUUGUUUGACAAAUCAACAAAAAAGUUAAGUAGGUCUCAAAAGCAGAUCCAUUUCAACACGUGAUCUUUUUAAAUGAACCAAUCACAUGAUUUCGAACGUCUUGCGUCAUUAAACAUGACUUAAAAAGGGUGAGAACUGUAAAAAAAUUCAUAAUCAUUUUGGUCACCAUCGAAGAAGUACCAAGAAAUAGUAAACAGUAUUUCGUCUUUCAAUAUGGUCAGAGUAACCAAGCCAUUUACAACCCAAUUUAACGACGCCGACGACGUUGUCAAACCGCAAGUAUGUCUUAGCAACAUGAAAAUCGAUUCCGCAGCUAAGUCACCUAAAAACGGGUUAAAAUUUGAAGGAAUACCACUCAAAAUUCAAAACAUUGACGAUGAGAUAAAUGAAGAGACACUCAUUCAGAAGUUUUCCAAGUUUGGCAAUGUGUUGAAAACAGAAAUGGUUAGCGAUGAGAGAGUGAGAAAUCGAAGGCACGCCAUAUUGUAUUUCCAAUCUCCUGGAGAAGCUGCCAAAGCCAUUGCAUGGAUGAAUGGCUCUGUGAUCUUGUCAAAAAAAAUAUCUGUUACUUUAGCUUCUCCUCGCACAAAAAGUCGGCGCCCUUCAACGCCCUCUAUGCAGAGAUUUGGAAGUUUAGCAUUUACUGGACAACAACAAACACGCUCUCAAUGUGGACGAAGUGAAAUUCUAAUCAGUCCACAUAUAUCACAUUCCUGGGCUGCAAGAUCAAUUCGACAUUCUUCAUCAAGUUCGUCUAUUAAAAGCUUACACAAACCGCUACACAAAACAAAUUCUCAAUAAAUUCGUCAUUUUCGAAUGUUCAUUAUUUGACAAGAAGUGUUUCAUUCUGUUAAAAGAACUUUUAGCGUUGUUCAAAAUAUAUGUAUAUAAUGUUUUUGUGAAUAUGGGAUAUAUAUAGUAUAUGUUUUUUUUUAAAUAUGCACGCUUAUGCAUUGGUACUUGUCUACUUAUUUUAUGCUGUCAUUCAGAUUUUUUUCUUAUAGUCUUCACGAGAUUGUUUUGAUUUUAAAUGCUUGUCAAUACAGAAUUUAGGGAACUUUUUUUUGUAUAUAGUUGUAUAUAUAGUUAUAUUUAUAUUAUGAACAUAUUUUAC